AUGUCUCGAGGCAGUGGAGGUGGCUACGAUAGGCACAUCACCAUCUUCAGUCCUGAAGGUCGUCUGUUCCAAGUUGAAUAUGCGUUCAAAGCAGUCAAGGCAGCAGGCAUCACCAGCAUAGCUGUGCGAGGAAAGGACAGCGUUGCGGUUGUCACGCAGAAGAAGGUCCCUGACAAGCUCAUAGACCCCAGCAGCGUCACGCACAUGUUCAAGAUCACAAAGUUCAUAGGAAUGCUAGCGACUGGACAAAGAGCGGACGCGCGGUCCCUGGUGCAGAAAUCUCGGUCCAUAGCUGCGGAGUUCCGGCACACCUACGGGUACGAGAUCCCCGUGGACUACCUUGCCGCCCGGUUGGCAGACCAGGCGCAGGUCUACACGCAGCACGCGUACAUGCGGCCGCUGGCAGUGGUGCUUAUCCUGGCAGGCAUUGAUGAGGAGGCGGGGCCGCAGCUGUUCAAGGUCGACCCUGCUGGCUACUACGUCGGCUACAAGGCGACGAGCGCGGGCGCGAAGGACCAAGAGGCGGACAACUUCUUGGAGAAGCGCUUCAAGGGCAACCCAGAAUUCAGCUUCGAGGAGACCGCGCAGACUGCCAUCGCCGCGCUGCAGAGCGUGCUCGCAGAGGACUUCAAGGCCUCCGAGAUAGAGGUGGGCGUGGUGCGUGCGUCGGAGGGCGGUGUCUUCCGAGUGCUGGGAGUCGAAGAGGUGGAGGAUCACCUAAGUGCCAUCAGCGAGCGCGACUGA